CCAGUAUUAAAACAUGGCAGCCCUCUGUUGUUAUUUAUAUUGGUGAGUUUCUAGAUCUAGUACUUCUACUUGGUAUAGAUAUAGACUAGAGUAUAGAGUAAUACUAAUAGACUAGAUUGUAGAGCUACUAAUGCUCAGCGUUGAAUGAAAACCACUGUUUAGUAGAUAGCAUUAGGGCCUAAGCGAUCAGCAAGUUUUCAACUAUGGCUUCCUCAAUCACACACAAAACAGUGUUUAUCUUGGAUAGAAGUCCAUUCUUUGCUCAGUCCUGUAACCAACCUAUUGAGUAUGACACAUUAAAGUCCAAAGGUUCUGGAGUGAUUCCUGCUGCCCCCAUUUACAAAUCUCUUUGGACAUGCAAUGUGGAGGGGGUCCAGGAAUAUUUAAGGAUAGUGUUUGAUAUUUACCCCAAAGAUAGACAUUUCCGAGUGGUCUCUGGUAGAACAUCGCUGAACCCAUGGAAUUGUCCUGACACUAUUACUACUCUGAAUAUGCGGCUGGCUCAGGUAGGACCUCCACUGAAGUCAAAGAAAGAUGACAGCGAGUACUCUGUAUUUCAUGGACUAUCUAGUGCUAUUGAUUGUCUCCGUGAGCCAACCCAAGAACAGCAAGACAUGCUGGAUAAUGGAGACAUUGUCAGAAACAGAGGAAGGAUUAUUUAUCUGACUGUUCUGAAAAAUGAUAUGCAAGUAAAUCAUUUAGAGGAAUAUAUUUUAGAAGCUUUGCAGCACAACAAGAUGUCUUCAUCAAGUGAUUUGCUGCCUAUUGACGAGUGCGAACUGGUGUUGGUGCAUACAGUGCCUGUUGGUCAUGACAUAAGAAUCACAGAGAAACCUUGCCGAGAGUUAAACUCCUGUGUCAAGUUUGAAGUGACCUCCUCACACUCAGGACGUCACCUGUACAACAAGCUGGUCUACCUCUGCUGCAAACACUUUGACCUCUGCUCCACCACAGUCACAGGCAUACCUAUGAAGGAGGAACAGAACGCCAGCUCCUCGGCCAACUACGAUGUGGAGCUGCUGCAUCCUGCCACUGCCCACGAUGAACUCUUUAAAAAUGAACAUGCUGAAGGUUUGGUCAUCAAGUCCAAAGAAGGUUUGCCCAUUGACACAACUCCACUCAAGUGGUGUACACCCAAGUCCAAUGUUAUUGAACUUCACCAGUGUUCCGCUGCCUACAGAAUAUGUCCAGUGGAUGUCAACAGCAGACCUUCAUCUUGUCUGACCAACUUUUUAAUUAGUGGCCGAGCUGUCAUGUUGGAGCAGCCUCGCAAGAGCGGAGCCAAGGUCAUCUCUCACAUGUUGGCAGCUCAUGGAGGGGAAAUCUUUAUCCACUCUUUGCCCACCUCACGCUCCAUACUGGAGGAUCCGCCAUCCAUCAGUGAAGGGUGUGGAGGCAGAGUGACAGAUUAUAGAAUAACAGCUUUUGGGGAGUUUAUGAAAGAGAAUCGUCUAGCCCCUACCAAAGCAUCCUUGUUGGAGUCUUAUGGAAACAGAAAACCAUAUUUAUAUGCUAUUGACCAUCUAGAGAAAAGCAGCAGAUGUUGGCCUAUGGUCAUCAGUGAAACAAUUUUGUUUAAUUUACAAAACUUAAGUCAAUUACCUCAACUUCUAGUUCAGGAAACACUGACUGAGGAACAAUUGCUAGAAUGUACAAAACUUAUUUACAAAGUGUUAGAAAUGGAACAAAAAAAUGAUCCACUUCCAAUUCCAGCCACAGGCUCACGUGGCAAAGGGCCUAAAAGAGAUGAACUGUACAGACAGUUGUGGUCUGAGCUGGAAACCUUGGUCAGAUCGUAUUCUGACACAUCUGAAAAGCACAAUAAGGUUUUAGAGUGCCUGUUAAACUGCAAGAAGCCCAGUGACGAGAAGGUCAUAGUCACCAGAAAGACUCCAUCAAAGAAAGAAGAUAAAAGUGGAGGGGGUGCUGGCGGUUUGACUGAAGCAGAGCAGAGCUGGAAAGAGCUGGAUAGAUAUCAACAAAUGUCUACCAGAGAAAAGAUGGAAGCUUCUCAAGGGGAGAAAACUCAGGAUGCUCCACCGCCAAAGAAACUAAAAGCUGAGGAGCUGUUGAUGAGAUCAGGAGGACAAACACUUCUGACCAUGUGGAACAAUCGCCUCAAAACUAUACACCAGAAAAGAUCUCAUGAGUUUGAUGCGAGACUGGACUCACCUGGAGAUAAAGCCAAGCUUUACAUUCACCUUGAUGAGAAUAGCUCUGAACAAUCAAAUGUCAAUACAGCAAAUGUUGCCAAAAAACAGCCAGUCAUGUAAUAAAUAUUUUUGAACCAUGAUUUUCAUCACAUUGUCAUUUGUCAUUUCAAUUAAGUUGUUGGAAAUAAUACAGAAAGAAAUUUCUUCAGGAUGUUAUCACCAGAAGAUCUGUGGAAGUGAUUGACCAGUUACUUCAUUCCUUGUGUUCACUUUUUUUAUAUGUGUAUUGGUCAUGAAUAUUUUUUAAAUAUAGAUAAUAUAUUCAUGUUAGUAUCCCCAUAAUUUGUCAGCUCUAGUGAUCAGUUGUAGGUUUAAUAAAAGUUGUGGCAUUAAAAGUUUUAUCAGGCAUGUUUUUAGCAUCACCACUUGGACAUAUUUUUAAGUUAAUCUACUUUUUUAGUCAUUGAUGGCCUUUCUUAUAGUUCUUUUUUUUAAAUCAUUGUAAGGGGACUUUAAAAGCUGCUGUGUAGCCCCGGUUAUGUCAGGGUGUAACUAAUUGUAUUGCUUGAAACUUUACUAUUGCAUUGUAUUGCAACUGUAUAGAUGUUCUUAACAGGGAUGUAACACUACUGGGACAUACUGCUACUAGAAACUUGUUGCUAGGUGUCCGGGAUAAAGACAUGACCUUCCCAUUGUUCUCUCAUUUUUUUUUUAUUAAUGUCACUUUUGCAGUGUGAAAGUUGCAUCAAUGGAUCCAAAGUUGCAUCUUCCCAAACCCCAAUUUGUUGUUUUAAUAUGUAGUUUGGUAAAUACUUUUUAUAGUCUUCAAGAAUAAAUGAGAUCAAGACAUUGACUUCAUAAAUGUCUUUGUUCUGUUUUAGAUAUUUACCUGAGAUCUGGAUGGAAUCCCAUCCAUCCAUCCAUCCCAGUGGCGCUACAGCCCAUGGAGGGCUCUGGCCUGCUUUAACACUUCCUUCCAUUCAGAUCUCUCCUGGGCCUUUCGUCUCCACGCCCUAACCGCAAGCUGCUUCAGAUCUGCUUCCACGUCAUCUAUCCAUCGCAUUCGGGGUCUGCCUUUGGGUCGCCUGCCUUUUGGUUUUUGCCUUGGAUACAAUUUUCGCCCCUCUGUUGUCUGACAUUCUUUCAAGGUGACCUGCCCAACGUAGUCUGUUCUUUUUUAUUUCGUUCACUAUUGGUGGGUCUUCAUAUAAUUGAUAUAACUCAUGGUUAGUGCAUGUCCUCCACCCUGUUUCAUCCUGUAUGGCACCAUAGAUUUUCCUAAGAAUUUUUCUUUCCCAAGUGUUAAGUAAAUCCCAAAGUUGAUAUAUCAGUUCCAACUGUCACAAAGAGAGCUUGACUUUAAUGCAGCUAAUACUCAAAACUAAACAUCUACUCUUCCCCCCAUUCUUCCUGUUUUAACUGCACACUUUUAAGUUUGUGUUUUAUGUAGAAUGUUUGAUUGCCAGUAUUAAAGCUAAUUAGGAAGUUUUAUUAAUGUUCAUGUCCCUGAAGAAAAUUGAAAUGGUUUGACUGUAAAUAUUUGUUGUCACAUGAAUAGCCUACAUGUAUGAGUUGUCUCCUCCACUUUAAUACAAAAUGUUGAAAUAAAUCAUUUAUAUGCCAA